CACAACCGAGGGAAAGUGCUCGGAGGGGGAGGGGUGUCCCGUCGGCAGGCACACAGACAGCAGGCAGCAGCUGCAGCAGCGAGAAGGACCUGUUAUCUGCAUUAAAACAUUCAUAUUACGAUUUUUUAGCUCCGAAACACACACGACAGCAAACACACGCACGACAUCUAAAAAUGGUAGACCGCGAGCAACUGGUGCAGAAAGCCAGGCUGGCCGAGCAGGCGGAGAGGUAUGAUGAUAUGGCAGCUGCCAUGAAAUCGGUCACAGAGCUGAAUGAAGCACUAUCCAAUGAAGAGAGGAACCUGCUCUCUGUGGCCUAUAAGAACGUGGUCGGGGCAAGGCGUUCAUCCUGGCGUGUCAUCUCCAGCAUUGAGCAGAAGACGUCGGCUGACGGUAACGAGAAGAAGAUCGAGAUGGUGCGCGCCUACCGGGAAAAGAUUGAGAAGGAGCUGGAGGCCGUCUGCCAGGACGUGCUCAAUCUCCUCGACAACUUCCUGAUCAAGAACUGCAGCGAAACGCAGCAUGAGAGCAAAGUGUUCUACCUGAAGAUGAAGGGUGACUACUACCGUUACUUGGCCGAGGUCGCCACGGGGGAGAAGAGAGCCGCGGUGGUGGAGUCCUCCGAGAAGUCCUACAACGAGGCCCACGAGAUCAGCAAGGAGCACAUGCAGCCCACCCAUCCCAUCCGCCUGGGCCUGGCUCUCAACUACUCCGUCUUCUACUACGAGAUCCAGAACGCCCCGGAGCAGGCGUGCCACCUGGCCAAGACCGCCUUCGAUGACGCCAUCGCCGAGCUGGACACCCUGAAUGAGGACUCCUACAAAGACUCCACUCUCAUCAUGCAGCUGCUACGAGACAACUUGACGCUGUGGACGAGCGACCAGCAGGAUGACGAGGGAGGCGAGGGCAACAAUUAAAGAGUCCAAAACCUCAUUCUGCCAAAACAACACAACACGCGCGCUCACAAAUGAUGACAAAAUAAUAAUACUAGUUAAAAAGUUCUUAGAAAUUAAAAAAAAAGGGAGGGGAGGGCAGUGGAACAUCGGCGGCUAAUUUAGCCGAUGGUACUAACGUGGCUGCUGUUCUUUAUUUUUCAACAAAUUAAAAGUGAAAAAAAAGUUGGUGGAGGGAAUUUUAGUUUGAGAAAUAACCUACAAUUAAAAAAUAAAAGAAUGAAACCCCUCCUUGGUAGCCUCUGCAGCAUUUGCCAAAAUACCACUUUAGAAGCAAGAGGUAUGUCAUUCAUCACAGUGUGACUGUUGGGUAAUGAUACCUUCACACUGGCAGAGACUGGUCUUAUUGCGCAAAUGAAGCUGAGCUGUCUUAUUGUAUUUGGUGAGGGGAGGAGCAUUCAGAAGUUGAUGCUUGAGCAACCAGAAAAUUAGAGUCACCUUGAAUGUCAUUGCUUAGUCAGAGAGAAAGACAAGGCAGGAGAGUGAGUGAGGGAGCAGACGGGUUGCAGAGAUGAAGACGGGCUUCUUAGGGGUGUCAUCGAGAAACGUACUGACAUCUUUUGUUGCACCACACUAUGAUCGUUGAGUGAAAAGCAGGUUGUCUCUGUUAUUGAAGAUAACAUAAAAAACAAUGUUUUUUGUUUGCUUUGUGUCAGGUAUGUGUCCAGCUCAGUCACACAGUCAUACUGUAACUAAAAAUACAAAAUUCAUAAAGUAAACUUAGUGCAGCUUGUCCCUCUCAUGUGCUGAUGUGCUUUAUUAAAUAAAUUAACUGUUUUUGGACACCUAAUUCUUAUUGUCAGUAUUGUCGUUACUUCUAUUGGCUCCUUGUAGGAAACGAUUUGAUUCACCAGAUAGCAAAAUAAAAUAAAUGGAAAUUUAAAAAAAAUUAAUGUGGUGAUUGAACAUGAUCAUGAGUCCACCCUUAUUCUCCAGUUAUGCUAUCUUCAUAACAAUCAGUAGGAUCUCUGAACCGGCACCUGGAACCACUGACUUGAUUAGUGAACUCAGUUUAAUUUGUGGACAGAGCACAUGCAAUGUUAAGUGGAAGCUCUAAAAGCAGAUUUGAGGUUUGUGGAUUUACUUUGUCUUCAGUUUCUUCUUGGUCAAGAAAUGCACUUGCCUAUUAUACUGUUUCUUCAGUGUAAGAUGAUAACUGCUCCAAUAUUCUCCAUAAUACAAUAUUGUGCAUGCUGGUGAUGUAUUUAUACAGUAGCUUCAAUUUAUUAACUUAUACUGUAGAUGUUAUGUAUUCAUAUGAACAUGGAAUUACUAGACUUUAAUGGGAUUAUUUUCUAUUUAUUUCUUUUUAUUGCGAUUGUUAGCUAGACCUUAUUUUAAUCUGUGUUUUCUUUACUCCAUUUGCUGAAGUACGCUAUACCAAAACAGUGAUUGUUAACAAUAAAUUGAUCUGUUACGGACA